UAUCCGACUAAGACCGCUUUUGACUCUGACAUGAAAUACACGUUUCAAUGGGACUUCCGCGUCUAGAAUUUACUCAUUAUGAUUUAGUUCUUGCGGCAUUAUUAUCUAGAUGUAGUGUAGCCGAAUUCUUUCACAGAACGCGAGGGAUCGUGUCGUCUCACUAUAAAUUGGUUUUAGCUGAUUGAAUUUUCAACAUGGUGUUUGAUCAGACAGUCCACGUAUGCAACUCCUCGACAGAGAAAAUCUACGUGCGGACGACGUACGAGAAAUGGCAGCAGCUGAAAUUCUCCACGGAGGUCAAGCUUCUGUCCGGCACUACUACCGGAGGAGGCUUCAAUCUUGAGCAGGCCCGGGGCGACUUCACAGAGGGUUUCACGGCGCUGGCCCCUCACCACACGCUCAAGAUGAUCGGCUCCUUUUUCUCAGCCGAGGCCGACCGGACGGAUUCCGUUGAGGCUAAGCGGGUCAACAUCAGCCGUAACUACCGGGUGCCUAACCGUCACGCCAUCAUAGUCACGCCGCAGAAGACCCUGCAAGUAGUCCGUGGAGGUGACCGAUGGAAGAAACGAUGCCAAGAGUUCUGCCCCUUCGUGUUCCGUAAGGAUUCCGAAAAAAUAAUGUGA